UCGACCGCCGCCCCUCCCUCCCCUAUCCUGAGCUCGUACUAGCAUGGCAGAUGACCGACAGCCAGAAGACGGUGCCGCUCAGUGGGACCCUUCCAGGGGCCAGGAGUCCACCGGUACCCACGGGGCCAAUGGUUUCUCAUCUUCCUCGUACAGGACGUGCCAGACGGGUGGGGCUCACCCGACCUCCGCCCCCUUCUCCGCGAGGGAGAACGGCUUUGAUGGGGAGUUAACUGGUGCUCAUGCUAUAACUGCAGAGCAAGUGUCUGCAAGAAUCGUGCAGGAAGUGACUGCUGAAGCAGUGGCGGUGCUAAAGGGGGAACAGGAGAGUCAAAGACUGCCAUCAGUCGAAGACACCACCAAUUUACCUCCGUCACCGCCUCCUUCACCUGCUGCGGAACAAUUUGGCCCUCUUGAGCAAGAUGUAGGGGAUGAGGAGGAGGCAGGCCCUCUCCGCCGCUUCCAAAAUUCUCGGGAGAGGUGCAAGUUCCUCGCCCCCUCUAUCUCAGUUUCUGUGCCUGAGGACGACCCCUACCACUCCGACGAGGAGUACUAUGAACACCCCUUGUUCAGCCCCGAGUGGACGCACUCGGGCGCCCGCCCCAUGGGGCAGGCUGUGGCCUUUAGACAGAUUGAAGAAGAGACCAUGGAGGCUCUUACAGCUGAAUACGAGGAGGAGGAGGAGGUUGAAGAGGAGGAUGAUGAGGAUGAGGAAGAGGAUGAGGAGGAGAGUGCAGAGGCAGCUCUUGAUGAGCAGCAAUGGAGCGGGGAAGAGCCUGACCUGGACAUCCCCGAAGCGGAAGUUUUAGAACAGGCAGAGGACAUAGACAAGGCCCCGGAUUUAGACCUGGGGUCGGUUGAGGCAGUUAGUGCUCCUGCAGCAAGUUCUUUGGAAGCAGAGAGUGAGGAAGAAAGCCCUGAGACAGCUGUGAAGAUGGACUCGGAAAAAGCCGUAAGUGAGAAAAGUGGUUCCAUGAGCCCAGACAGCAUCGGAACAGAGAGACCUCCAGAGGAGUUAUUGGAGCAACAGACCCAAGGCUUCUUUGCUGGAGAACGAAUGGUACCGGAGAGUCCCACCAUAGAUACGCCAUCUUCUGUACCUCCAGAUGUGCAAACUCAAGCCAAAGAACCCGCAAAGUCAAUCACGCUUCAGCCCAUCUACGGUGAGCCCAUUACUGUGUCAGAGAAGCAACCAUCUGUGGAGGUUGUAGAGUUCAGCAGCCUCGGUUCUCCCUCUGAUUUCUCCUCAAUGGGAGUCAAAGCUGAAGGAGGAAACGUGACCAGUGAUGCAAUGUCAGCAUAUUUUGAAACAUCAGCCACUGAUGCUCUUGUGUCCCCUCAAGGUAAGGGUGAAGGCUAUUAUGAACUGAGCAGAGUCAGUGAGGAGACCAAUACUGUUGAUUCCAAGUCUCCGAAGAUUAGUUUGUCAGUACAGGAGAGUCCUAAAACCCAAAACGCUGACACUCAAGAUUUCCCAGUUCCAGACAAGGGGAAUGAAUGCAAGCUCUCCCCGGGUAAAUUGGCUUUGGACCAAAGGAGCUACUCCCUCAACAUCACAAUCGGAGCAAUGGAUCGCAACAGCCAAGGUAGAACGAACAAGUUCUCGCCAUUGGCCGCAGAUAUCAUGACGCACACCAGCGGAAGUCUCGACGAGUCUGCAGAUUACCUCCCGAUCACUACUCCUUCUGGAGAAAAGCCACCUCCCUUCCCUCCAGUCAUCCUGGAGACAGCAGCUUCCAUCACCUCUGAUUGCUCAUCUCCACCGAGGAUGGCUGAAGCCGUUUCAAAUCCCAGCCCUGAACCCGAGUCACCCGAGUCUCCCGAGUCACCAAAACCAUGCGAGGGCAGUCCUACGAAUAACACCGUCAUGGCUCAAGACUUGCCUGAGAUGCUAGACCUUGCCGGACCCCGUUCACGGCUGUCAUCUGAGGCCGCUGAACCAGAACUCGGACGGCGAAAGUCAUUUCAAGCCUUCUCUGAUGACCUACUUUCUAGCCUGGGUUCAGGUGAACAAAGUCCUGGAAUAAGAAAGAGUGACAGUCAGCUGGAAGAGAUGGGCUAUUGCGUUUUCAGUGAAUACUCUGGACCUAUGCCGUCCCCUGCAGAUGUGGUCAGCCCAACAAACACUUCUGCACAGGUCUUUACUCCAGCUGUUCUUCAGGAGAAAGUUGCUGCCCAAGCCAGGAAACUAGCAGUUAGGGACACAUCUGUGGAAGACGAGACCCCGACUUUAGACCUGACUGUCAGUGACGAUAAUGAGAUGAGAGAAAAGGAGAAAGAAGAUUCCUCAGAAGAAAGUCAAAGCAACGUAAAGGACCAGCUGAAUACAAGUCAGCAGGUGAAAUCCUCUGCCCCGCCAAUGGAAACGUUUGUGACACCCACCGUCACGGUGACUCUGGAAGAAAGUGGGCGGUCAGGAAGCGAGACCGAGCGACAAGCUAGCGGCGAAGGAUCUGCUUCUGAAACCGAGAUUGCUGAUUAUGAGAGGCAGAUCCGCAAACUGGAGAUGGAGGGAAGGCCUCUCAGUUUGGAGGAAGAACGAGAGUUGCAGGAGCUUCGGGAGAAGGUCAAGCUGGUGCACCAGGAAGCCUAUGAAGAGGUGGAUGCUGAAGAUGUUUACCAGUUAACGGGGGUGGCCAAGGACCGCAUUGCUCGGCCCGUCAAGACUUCACCCACUUCUUCAGUUGAAAGCAAUAUCGACGAUGAUAAACUACUUUCUCCGGUUCUCUCACCGUCCAAGCUCAAACAAAAAGAACUUUAUGGUUCCCCGAAAAGAGCACUGUCACCAGUGCUAACCGUAACCAAAGAAUCCAAAGAAGAAACUGAUACAAAUGCCAGAGAACAGCCUGAUAAAGUUGAGGAGAAAAUAAAGAUUGAGACGGAAAAGAAAAUUCCAGAAGACACUGAAAAGAAAGUGGAUGAGACGAAAGAAAGUGAAGAGAAGGAAGGAAAGAAAAAAGAUGUGGCAGAGAUGAUUCAAAAGGAAGACAAUGAGAAAGAGCAAUUGAGACAGAAAGAAGAGCAGGAGAAACGUGAAAAGGAGACUAAAGAAAAGGAAGAGAAAGAAAGGAUUGAGAAAGAAAGGAAAGACAAGGAGAGGGAAAGGGAAGAGGAAGAGAGGAUUGAGAAAGAAAGGAAAGACAAGGAAGAGGCUGAAAGAUUAGAGAAAGAAAGGAAAGAAAAAGCAGAGAGGGAAUUGAGAGAAAAGGAAGAGGCUGAGAGAAUGGAGAAAGAGAGGAAAGAAAAAGCAGAGAAGGAAUUGAGAGAAAAGGAAGAGGCUGAGCGGAUGGAGAAAGAUAGAAAAGAAAAAGCAGAGAGGGAAUUGAGAGAAAAGGAAGAAGCUGAGAGAAUAGAGAAAGAAAGGAAAGAAAAAGAGGAGAGGGAAAUCAAAGAAAGGGAAGAGGCUGAGAAAAUGGAGAAAGAUAAACAGGAGAAGGCAUUGAAAGAAAAAGAAGAGGCAGAGAGAAUAGAGAAAGAAAGAAAAGAAAAAGAGGAGAGGGAAAUCAGAGAAAGAGAGGAGGCAGAGAAAAUUGAGAAAGAAAAACAGGAGAGGGAAACGAGAGAAAGGCAAGAGGCGGAAAGAGUUGAGCAAGAAAGAAUAGAACAAGAGAAGCAGUUGAGAGAAAAGGAAGAGAAGACGAGGGUUGAAAAUGAGAGGAGAGCCAAAGAACAGAAAGAGAAAGAGGAAAGGGAAGAGCAAGUAAAGUUAGAGGAAGCAAGGAAAGAGGAAAAGGAAAGACACGAGUCAAGGGAGAAGGAAAAUCAGCCUGAACAAAAGACGCAACAUAUCGAAGAGACAAAAAUAUUGACCGAAAUGGACAAAGUCCAACCAACCGAAAAACCGGAACAGAAAGAAGAGCAAAAUGCAGAAGCGGUCAAGGAGAUCACGGAAACUCGCGCCGCCAUCGAAUCCGUCGUGACGGUCGAAGAUGACUUCAUCACUGUGGUCCAAACCAUCGAUGAAGCGGAUGAACCAGGACACAGUGUUCGAUUCUCCGCUCCACCUGAAGCCUUGUGUAUACCCAGCGGGGGAGAGCAAGAGGAGGAAGACGAUGACGAGGAGGAGGAUGACGACGAGGAGGAGUCCGUGGAGUUGGCCCAGGAGGCCGACAUCGAGGCUGCCAGUUUCGAAGAGGUUCCUGAGACCCCCGUGUCUCAACCUGAGGAAACAGAAGCUCCAACAGAAAGUUAUGACAGAGAUGAAACCACCAUGGACGACUCCAUCUUGGACAGUUCUUGGGUGGACACACAAGAUGAUGACAAGAGCAUGAUUACAGAGCAGAUCCAACCCUUGCCCAAGGUGCCCAGCUCUGUCAAAGACUCCACUGAGCUCCAAACUAAGCAGCAGAAGAGAGUAGAGAAGCACGAAAAGUCCGGCAAGCCCAAAACUAAAGGCGGGCGGUUUAAAGGCCGACUCGCCACUCCUGAACGCAAGCCACUGCGCAAGGAACCGGUUUGCAUCCCUCGGGAGAAGAAAAAAGCUGUGAUAAAGCAAACGGAGUUUACCAAAAAAAUGGAGGCUCAGACUCUGUCCCCAUCCAAGAGGAUUGGACCCAAACAAGUUGUCCGCCAGGGCCGUCCCACCCAGCAUCAUUCCUGUCCUAGAAGGAGACCCACAGAGCCACUUUCCGACAGUCGUCAGCCUCUCACCGUUGCUAGGCGAUCUUGCGACAGAGCCUUGGAUGGUAGAUCGCAAAGUCCUUCUAUGCCGCGGCAAGCCUCGUCUCUGAAUCGCCGUGCAUACCAUGACCAUGAGGACAGCUCAACCUCCAUCACUAGUUCUGGUUCAACAGCUCCCCGCAGACCCACAACCUGCCGUGCUGUGAUGAGGGCAGAGCAAAGGACGGGUCGAGCUCCUAGUACGACAGUCUCGGAGCCGCUACGCUCCCGUUCAGCCCGUAGUGGCCACUCAACGCCGCGUACCCCCGGCUCCAGCGCCAUGACCCCUGGGACCCCUCCCAGCUGCUCAUCAUCCUCAAGGACGCCGGGAACUCCACGCUCCCUUAGCUUGAUGUCCCAUGAGAGGAAGGUGGCUGUGGCGCGCACCCCGCCCAAAUCCCCCGCCACCACUCCCAAGCAGCUGAGAGUCCUUAACCAACCGCUACCCGACUUGAAGAAAGUUCGCUCCAAGGUCGGCUCCAUAGAUAAUAUCAAGUACCAGCCCAAAGGCGGACAGAAUCAUAUUCUAAACAAGAAGCUGGACUUCAGGUACAUACAAUCAAAAUGCAGCUCCAAGGAUAAUCUGAAGCAACCUCCCAGUGGAGGCAAUGUCCACAUCCCCAGCGUUAAGCUGGACUAUAGCCAUGUUCAGUCUAGGUGUGGGUCCUUGGACAGGAGGGGCUACUCAGCAGGAGGUGGCAAUAUACAGAUACAGAACAAGAAGAUUGACCUGAGUCACGUGACCUCAAAGUGUGGCUCAUUAGACAACAUUCACCAUCGCCCCGGUGGCGGUAACGUUCGUAUUGAGAGUGUAAAGUUGGACUUUAAAGACAAAGCCCAAGCCAAGGUGGGAUCCUUGGAUAAUGCUCACCAUACUCCAGGAGGAGGUCGUGUCACAAUUGAGAGCCGCAAGUUGACAUUCCGUGACCACGCCAAGGCCCGAGUGGACCACGGGGCCGACAUCAUCGUCCGGUCGCCGGGCCGGUCUCGUUCCCUGUCGCCCCAGCGCCACCGGGACAGCCACCUUUCAUCGUCCGGCAGCCUCAACAUGUUGGAUUCGCCGCAGUUAGCCACCUUAGCCGAGGACGUCACCGCCGCUCUGGCCAAGCAGGGUUUGUGAACAUGCAUCGCGGAUGCUCUUACCCUGAACCUGUCAGCUCUUCACCUACCACUCACCCACUCGCCGCCGCCUUGGUGCCCACUCAGGGUGAUCACAACUUUGCUUCACAUCUCAAAGACCCACCAGGAGGGACUCCUAAAGUUUUGCUUCUCUUUAUCUGUCUGUUCCCCCCCCCCCCUCUCCUUUUGAAUGAUGUUGCAUAGAAUAGUUCACCUGUAGUGCUAAAUGGGAUUACCUGUACAUACAAAUGGGGGAUCGGGAAGCGCCUCAUAUCGGCCUUAUUGAUCUCGGGUCUACAUUUUAAAAAAAGCGACUAGCUUUUAUUUACUUGUGGCCAUAUUCUGUACGUGGAAGUAAUGUGGCCCGCACAUCACGCUGCACGUGUUGUUCUUGCUAACGUGCAUGGACGGCAGACUCCUUAAUAAGCCCAAGUACCCUUACUGCUCGUUAUUCUUUUCCUCCUAAUAAAUAUAUAUAUAUGUCCAAACAAAUAUCAAUAUAUAUAUAUAGGAACGAGUAUAAGAAUACAGGUUCUUACCCAUCUACAUGUCCUUUAAAGCAUUUCCAAGGAAGACCAUCAAUAAAAUUUCAUGUGUGAUUGCAAAAGUUCAGUCAUGUAUGACAAACAUGAAUUGAUUCUCCCGCCCAAAAAACAACAACAAAGAGGCUAUUUUGUAAUUUGAAAAGGCAUUUUAGUAAGUCAUUUUCUCAAUCAUUGGCUAAGAAAUGAAUAAGAUCACGUUUUGUAGUUCUUAGUUCUUUACGGUGUUUUUCUUGGUGUCGGGCAGCGCUGUUGUUGUGUUGCUGAGCAACGCAAAGACUUAGGCAAAUACAGAAUUUGAAGCGUCUCCGCUUUAAAGGAGUGCGGAUGAAAGUCGGAUUGUGACAUGGCGUUUAUGGAUUCCGUUUGUGUGUGCAUUUGGUGCAGAUCUCGAGAUGUUUUACAACAAACGUAUUUGGCUGUUUUGUUGCAGUAUGUGCAAAUCUUUUGAAAAAGUUUUAAAGAUGAAUCAUCAAAAAAAGCAAAAGUCGAUUCAUCCAUUGAGAAAAAAGUUGUGAUCUUGUUUGUCUUUUGGAGAAAGUGGGUUUUAUCCUGACCUGUUUGUUUGCUUCUGUGUUUUUUCAGCAUUGCCCAUCUCUGUAAUCCCCCCCUCGCCCCCACCCCGCAGCAAAUGUAAUGUAUUUAAACGGUCAAGUAGAUGUAUGCGAUUAAUUUUUUUUCCCGCUGCCGCUGAUAUGACUCCAAUUAAGGUAAUUCAUUAAAAUAAAUGAGAUAAGAAAAAAAUGUACUUGAGAUCGUACUCCUUCUUUUGAGUGUGGGAGAUGCAGCAAUAAAAUGGGGAACUUGUGAAAAGUUUAUUGUGAAAUGGCAGAGGAGAGUACAAUAAGUUAAGACUCAGGGUCGGGGGAAGAUGAGGAGGGAA